AUGAUGUUUAUUACCGAUUUCAUUCUACUUUUACGACUCAAUCACCAUGAUACAGAUUUUGGUCUCCAAAUCUUUUCAAUAAUCUUCUCAUUAUUGUCAAGAGGCAUGUUCUUCUCAACAUUGCUACUCGCUGCCAAAGGUUGGUGUAUCAUAAAAGACACUAUUCACCUCAGAGAAAUAGCUGCAAGUUUAUUAUGCAGUUUCUUGUUCAUGUCGUUACAAAAGAUCAUCGAGUACAUCUACUUAGGAAAAUACGCAAUAUACGCUAUGGCUGUAGCUCUUCUUUUCAUUGCAUUAUUUAUUUAUGAACUUGUACAAAGCAUCAACCAAGCAUCAUUGCAUAUUAUGGCCCAUCUGUUAGUUAUACAGAACGAAGGAAUUGAUGCAGAAUCCACUCCAGUCUAUCUAAAACAUAGAAUGUACGCAUUCUUACAAAAAACUAUAAUUUUAGGGUGCAUAUUAGCUCUUGUCUGCAUGGUUAUUACAUCAGUAACAGAAGCACCGCUAUGGGCAUCGGCAACUCUCCAAUAUAUCUCUGAAAUAAUUAUAUUAACAGCAUUUGGCUGUAUUUUCAGACUUAGAGCUACAGAUUCUGCUGGAUACUCAAUGGUAGGCGAUUCAAACUUAACUUCUUCGAUUGAAGUCGCUUUGGACGAUAUCAAAGAAUUUAAUUUAGGAAAAGAAGGCAAACAAUGGCAAGAAGGCAUGGAACUACCUGCUCAGCCAACCAUUGUAUCAACGCCAGCCGUUAUCGUAUUAAGUUCUCCAGAUGGAACUGAAGCUUUGAAAGCUGAGAUGACUCCUAACCAAGAUGAACUCUAA